AUGUCGUUCAAUCGGGGCAUCGGCAGUGUGCAGAGGAUACCGAAAAACGAAAAGUAUCAACAUGUCAAAACAAGGCUGGACACAGGGUGCAGCCUCACAAAGUAUAUGGAAAGACUGGAGGAGAUUAAAAAAAAUUACAGGUAUCGAAAAGAUGAAAUCUUCAAGCGGUUAAAAGUGACAACGUUUGCACAAUUGAUACUUCAGGUAGCCUCCGUAUCAGACCUGAAUGAAAGUGAAAUUGACGGCGAAUCACACGGACCGGAAGACAGUCUGUCAACGGUGUCUGAUGCAGACCUAGAGUGUCUGUCUGAACACACCAACGGCUCCCCGAGGCUUCUGUCAGAUCGUCAGGAUACAGGAGACGCCAGGGAACUCUGCUACUCUGCCAGGUCGACACUGCUAAGUGUUAUUAACGGUGUGGGAGAGCUGAACGUCAACAGGAACCAUCAGAAGAUGGAGAAUGAGUCGGUGGCCAGCCCCGAGGUAGCCGACAGGCCGUACCCCGACUGCCCCUACCUGCUACUAGACGUACGGGACCGUGACCAGUACGACCGCUGCCACAUCAUCAGCGCACACAGUUUUCCCAUCGCCACGCUAUCUCGAACGAUGAACCCCUACACCAAAGACGUGCUGGAAUAUAAAAAUACAGCAGGGAAGAUCAUCAUCGUGUAUGAUGAGGACGAGAGAAUAGCCAGCCAGGCGGCCACCGUCAUGUGUGAACGAGGAUUUGAGAAUCUGUUUCUGCUGUCUGGAGGUCUCAAGGUAAUCGCCCAGAGAUUUCCAGAAGGGCUGACGACGGGCUGCAUCCCGACCUCGUGCCUGUCCUCUCCCACACCCAAGGGGAAGAAGAGCUCCGUGCCGCAGCAGCAGAAGCCGCCGUCACAAGCGGCGGAAAAGAGGUGGCGAUUCUCAUCAGACGAGCUGGCCAAGAUCCAGGAGCAGCUGGAGGAGAUGCUCAUCCCCAGUAACUCCAACAGCCGCAUGUCCAGCCGCAUGUCAUCCAGCAGCUCCCAGUCUCAAGCGUCCAGCGCUCGGAGUCGACAGAGUUCCUCUACAGCUGGGAGGGACAGCACCAGGGCUCAGAGCAGUAGACCCUGGAAAUAACACCCCCCACCCCCUACCCCCUUCAACCACACAGAUAUACCCAAACAAACAUACCUCCAACACAAAGUUAUUUAUUUCAGGUUACAUUACCCCGCUCCAACAACUGUAAGAAACACUAUUUCUUUGUCCCAGUGGGCAAAAUAAUCCUCUAAGAUCCUGCUGUACAGUCAGAGGUGGACAGGAAACACCACACCUACUAUAUUACAGCAAAUUGGAUACAUACACGUAUGUUUACAUGCAUACAUGACGUGUUUGUGACGCCCCUCUACCAAGCAGAUGCUGAAUAUGGAAUUUUGGAAAUUACACACACCUUGGGAAAGUUAAUAACACUGCACAACAUCAACGACACACAUUUUAAACUGUAAUUAAGACUUAAUUAACAGUAUGAAAUUAAAAACACAUUUUUUAAAUCUGCAGGAACAGAACAAAGACAUUUCAUUUCAGACUAACCAGUUUAAUACUGCAUUCUUCAUCUUUACCUCUAGAGAUUUAAGUCAGACUGAAGUAUUUUUCCCUCAAUGUUUUUUUUAUUUUUAUUUUAUUUUCCUCAUAAUAUUUAAUAAAUGGUGUAUAUUUGAAUGUCUGCACAGUGCCUCAUCUGUGACCCUGAAAACUGAUGGAUCUUUUUGCACUCAUUUAUUUUUAAUGUAACACUAUUCUCAUCCAUUUUUUUUUCCCACCACUUUUUGAACCUGUACAGAUAACCACUGAAUUCUGUUGAUAAUCUGUUCUUUUGUUUUUACAUUAUGUCCAAAAAGGUCACAUUUAGCUCCAUCAGUAUGACAGCCACCAAAUAAAUGGCAUUCCUAAAAGACUUUCUCGCUGGAGACAGAAUAAUUGAAUGUUGAUGUAAUAUGAUGGAUAUGCUGGGAAUCUGUGUUUUACAUGAGAUGUAAUUUAUAGAAAUAAUGUAACCGAGCUUGCUCCAUUUUGUAAAAUUAAGUAAAGCUGUGCUGUAUUUUUGUAAGUUUCUUCACAUUGUGGACAUGAUGUCUCAAUUGACGGUACAGAUGAUGCUUAUAUGUGACUUUGGUUUUCUUUGUGUGUGUGCGUGUGUGUGUGUGUGUGUGUGUGUGUGUGUGUGUAAAGUACUGUAAAUUGUGAUCACAACUGAUCGGCAUCGUCAUUAUCACAAAAUUGCAUUGUCACUAAAUGAAGGAAACAGGCCUUUUUUUCAUGGCUGUAACAAAAAGCACUUCAGUACCCACAGAUGCAUUUGAAAAACAGUAUUUUUGGUAAUUUUUGGUGUUUUUUUGGCAUGGUGGUGACUUAUUGCAUGGUUCUCUGCAAUUUUUUCUUCUUUGUAGCCCUUUUUUGUGAUUUCAGUCAGUCUUAACUCACAUUAACGAUCUGAACACAUUCAUUUGUUUGUAAAUGAAAGUCAAAUAAAGUGUAAAAAUGUC